AUGGCGUCUAUUAUAGGAGGAAGAAUAUUUUAUUAUUCAGGGCUAAAGCUCACUGGAAAAAGUUUCAGUACAUGUAAAGAAAUUACUGGAACGUUCAAAUGCAUUUCAUUCAACAAGAUUGUAAAAUUUCCUUUAACUAAUAUCAAAAGGAAUUAUGCUGAAAAAAAAGUAUUUGAAAGAAACAAAGUACAUUGCAACGUUGGAACUAUUGGUCAUGUCGAUCAUGGAAAAACCACACUUACUGCAGCAAUUACAAAAGUAUUGGCAUCAAAAAAAUUGGCUAGUGUUAAAGCCUAUGAUGAAAUUGACAACGCCCCUGAAGAGAAAAAAAGAGGAAUUACAAUAAAUAUUGCUCAUGUUGAGUAUCAAACAGAAAAAAGACAUUACAGUCAUACAGAUUGUCCUGGGCAUUCAGAUUAUGUAAAAAACAUGAUUAGCGGUACUUCUCAAAUGGAUGGUGGGAUUUUAGUAAUAGCUGCUACAGAUGGAGCCAUGCCUCAAACUAAAGAGCAUUUACUUUUGGCCAAACAAAUUGGUAUUCAAAAUAUUGUAGUUUUUAUUAAUAAAGUAGAUGCUGCAGAUGAAGAAAUGGUGGAAUUGGUAGAAGUUGAAAUUAGGGAGUUAUUGACUGCAAUGGGUUUCGAUGGAGAUAAAACACCAGUUAUUAAAGGGUCUGCUCUUUGUGCUUUGGAAGGAGAAAAACCUGAAAUAGGUGCUAAUUCUAUAUUAAAAUUAUUAGAUGCAAUAGACGAAUAUUUUCCAGAUCCAGUGCGUGCGUUAGAUUUACCCUUUCUUGUGGCAAUCGAUGGAGUUUAUCAAAUACCAGGAAGGGGAGUGGUCGUUUCUGGAUUACUCGAAAGAGGAAAAGUUAAAAAAGGAAUGGAGUGUGAAAUUCUGGGAUACAAUAAAACCUUUAAAACAACUAUAACCGGAAUUGAAAUGUAUCAUAAAAUUUUAAAUGAGGCUGAAGCAGGAGAUCAAAUGGGAGCUUUAAUUAAAAACAUUAAAAGAGAAGAACUUUCAAGAGGAAUGAUUGUUUCUAAACCUGGAGUGUUGUCUUUGCAGGAUAAUGUGGAAGCUCAGGUUUACCUUUUAAAUAAGGAGGAAGGGGGUAGAACGAAACCCUGUAAUAAUUUAAUGCAACUUCAAAUGUUUUCUAGAACAUGGGAUGUAACAACGCAAAUACGAAUUCUGGAUAAAGAAUUUUUAAUGCCAGGAGAAGAUGGAAAAAUGAUUCUUAAUCUUUUCAAAGGAAUGGUUCUUGAGAAAGGAACAAGAUUUACUUUAAGAGAUGGAAGUGGCACUGUUGGAACAGGUGUUGUUACAAACAUUCUUCCUCGUUUGUCUAAAGAUGAGCUUGAUUUUAUGACCUCUAGUAAGAAAAGAAAAGAAAAAAUAUUGGCUCAAAAAGCAGCAGCAGCAGCAAACAAAUAG